AAGUGACGCACAGGCGCUGCGCUGCAGGCUUCGGGCUGCCCCUGCACUGAAAGGCGCCAUAUUGGUGCUCCCAAGAAGUUCAGCCAGUAUGACUGCCUAUGGCGUUGUUUAUGGAAAUGUCCUUGAUACUGACUGCACUCAUCUCACACUGUGUAAUCCUUGACUGUAAGUGAGAAAGGUGGACUAUAAAUGACAUAAAUAAAUUAUUGAUGUUGCACUAAUAGGGGUGGGGGGAAUAUAAAUACCUGCUGCCAGGUGGGCUCUGGAAUUACAACUGAUCUCUAGGCCACAGAGAUCAGGUCCCCUGGAGAAAAUGGCUGCUUUGAAGGAGGGACUCUUUGAUGUUGUACCCUGCUGAAGUCUGUCCAGACUCUGCCUUUUUAGAUGCCACCUCCCCCACCCCCCGACCCCUGUCUCCAGGAAUUUCCCUUCUGGGAGCUGGCAACCCUAGCACCUGCAGACUGUUUUUAUGCUCUCUGCAUGAGGAGGAUUUGUGUGCGUUUCUGAUAAUGCAUUCUAGCUAUUUAUUUCCUUGCCAGACUGUGCUGCUUUAACAUGAGAAUAUUCAAUUUGGGCUUUACUGAACUGUUUAAAAUGGCCCAUUCAAACGAGUCUUCCUUUCCAACGGUGAAAUAAGAGAAUGGCCUGGCUCAGCAGGCUAUAUGCAGUCAACCAGAGGUUCUAUCGUAAGUUAAAGUGUAUCAGCCCACAUGUGUUAAUAAAGACUUUUGUAUGCCUCAGACCCUGUAGAAUUGCUACGAGUCAGAGCAGAAAAUACUGAGCUAAAUGGGCAGUAUGUGGCCAGCUUUGUACACUGCUAGAUGUAGAUAAUAUUCCCAGUGGGGUAGCAAUGUUAGUCCAUUGCAGCAAAACAAAACAGAAGGCUGAAUUAUAGCUGUUUCAGCUAUAAAUGAUGCUGUACCCGCUUUGGCUUUUCUAUUUUGUGUUUCCAGUGAGAGAGAAUGAAGAAAGGGGCAGAGAGGUUUCUCUUGAAAGAUGGUAACAUUGCUGCUCAGAUGGCCUGGAAAUCCCCGAAAGCUUUCCAGUGUGUCUGUAACUGUGGAAGGUUUGGAAUACCCUAUGAAACACACUUACCAUUCUUUUCCUCCUUCCUUAAAGCUCCGCCACCAUGAGGUCCUUGCAUCCUCAGAAGCGCCUUCUCUUUGUUGGAGAAGGAAACUUUUCCUUCUCUGCUAGUUUGUGCAAAGUGAAGGGUGAUGAAACUCACAUUGUCGCUACCUGCUAUGAGACUGAAGAUGUCAUUUCCAGACAAGCACUUGCUAAAACCAACAUACAGUAUCUGAGGGACAGAGGGGCAGAAGUUCAUUUCUGUGUUGAUUGCACAAAACUGAAGGAGCGCUUUUUGCCAGCAGAGGGAGAGUUUGAUUGCAUUUAUUUCAAUUUUCCCCAUCGUGGGAGAAAAGUGGGAGUGAAAAAGAACAAAGAGCUUCUUGCCAGGUUUUUCUGUAGCUGUGCAGAUGUUCUAGCAGAGAAGGGAGAAGUCCAUGUGGCACUUUGUAGAGGGCAGGGUGGUACCCCUGCAGACCAGCCAAUGAGGGAGUGGCACAACAGCUGGCAAGUUGUUGCUAUGGCAGCAGAGGCGGGAUUCAUUCUGAACGACGUUCAUCCAUUUAACACCAGGGAUGCUUCUGGAUAUAAAUGUACAGGCUACAGGAGUCAGGAUAAAUCUUUCUGUGUGGAAGGAGCUUUGAAUCAUAUUUUCACACGGAGGUUGCCACUUCCAGUUCCUAGACCUCUGAUCUGUCAAGCAGAACUGGAAGGCAAGCUGGUUUCCUUCUUGGUUCCGGAGAUAUUUCAAGAUAAGAUUAACAGGGAUUUUCUGGAUAUGAAUUCGGACCAUCCUGUGAGAACAGUAAAUGAGAAACUCAUUGAUGGACUUGGCAAACGUUUCCCCAUUCUGAAGGUGAACUGUUCCCAUUCUUUGGUGUUCCAAGAUCGCUGCAAUUCUUCUUUCUCCCUGGACGCCCUUUGGAUGGUUCCUGUCUCUGAAGGAAAUCCAAACCCUAAGUCAGCAGUGAAGAAAACUGUAAGGGAUACAGAGACUUUUCCUUCUGCGUUUCCUGGCUGGGAUGACACAGAUCAAGGUAACCACUUGAGAAACCAGGACUGGCUCUUGGGACAGUAUUAUCUGAGACCUUCGCUUCUGGUUUCUCUUCCCACAGUAUUACAACAAACAGAGUGUCCUCCUGAGACAUUGCUGGCGCUCAGCGGACCCGUCUUUAGGAAAUGCAAGAUCUCACCUUGUGCUCUGCCCGUUUAUCACGAGGCACUCUUUAUCUGUGUGGUUAAUAGCGGCUUGGAAGAUACACACAUGCAACUUCUUGUGGAAAGCCUUACAGGAACAUUAAACCCUUGGCUCCAGGAUGCAGGUUUUAAGUUGGGUUGCACAACAGAUGAGCCAGAUGCAGCAGCAGGACUCAGUGCAUUUGUGACUUCUGAAAUGCAGCUCCAUAAACUGCAAUACUUAACCACUUCCAGGCUUGAUACUUCGGAUCCCAAGCCAAAAGACGGUUGUGUGGGGACGAUCGGCACAGUUCCCUGGCAGUCAGCAAGCACUGAUCUGCGAACUGUGUAUGCUUCAUUGAACCUCGAUCUUCUAGCCAUGCAUGUGUGUGGCAUAUGUGACUGGCGAAUGCUCUGGACCUCUGAUGAGCGCUUCCUUAAACAGUUUUCGGGAGGAAAUGUAGACAGCUUCAAGAGCUUUUCCCUCUAUCCACCCUCCUACGUGCACGACCUCAGCUUUUGGGUUCCAGAACUGGAAAGAUUUAAUGAAACCCAGCUUCAUGCCAUUGUCAGACGUACGUCUUGUGACUCGGUUGUGUCCGUCCAACUGCUUGACAGGUUCCAGCACCCAGACACGGCGCAAACCAGCCUCUGUUAUCGGCUCACUUACCAGUCUUGUGACAAAGGGCUGGCUCGCCAGCAAGCUGCUGCGAUGCAGAUGAAGCUCCGGAAAGAGAUUCAGCGUUCCCUGCAUGUGACUCUUAGAUAGCUCCUUAUCAUUGCUUUCAUCUCCAUGGACAGGUUUAGCCGGUGCUUGUAAUUCAGAGGCACUCCAGGACAGAUGAAUCUUGCGUGGGAGAGGUCUUUGAUGCUGGGUAUUACAUUAGAUCAAACAUAAGCCUUUUAUAAAGGCUGGGUAGGCUUCAGUGGGGUGUACAUAUACUUUUCGUCUCUGUUGCUGAAAGUAAAUAAGACUGUGUAAUGCUCGCUUGUCUCUGCCCCAGUUUCAGUAGCAGCUUCUUUUAAAGAUGUAUUAUUAUUAAUAA